CCCAAAUUUUCCUACUUCCUCUUCAAUCAUAAGGCAAACCUGCGACGAAAAGGAAGAUCAAAAAAUUCAGAACCUUUUGUGAGAGAAAAUUCAAAAAAGGGAGGUGAUCCUCGUUCUCCAAUCGAUUGCUCAAUCAUUUCUCUUAGCUUGAUUGAUUCGAAAAAGCUGCAAGAAUCUUAGAAUCUGCGUAUUGUGGAAGUUAAAUUAGAAUGGCGAAAGCAGGAGGAGGAAUCACGAACGCAGUGAACGUAGGAAUCGCUGUUCAAGCAGAUUGGGAGAAUCGUGAGUUCAUCUCACACAUCUCUCUCAACGUUCGUCGUCUCUUCGAGUUUCUCGUCCAAUUCGAAUCGACGACAAAGAGCAAAUUGGCAUCAUUGAAUGAGAAGUUGGAUCUUCUGGAACGUCGCUUGGAGAUGCUUGAGGUUCAAGUGAGUACGGCUACAGCUAAUCCUUCUCUGUUUGCUACCUGAAACACAAGUAGCCUGAGUCUGAACCUAAUCAGAAGGAAGAACCAUCUUUCGUUGAAAUCAUUCAUUGCUGCAGUAUACUAUUAGUAUGAAUCCACACAUGAACUGUGCAUCUUUGUCUAUCCCAUUGUUGAUGUAACUUGUAAGAUCUUUUGAAUGCUAAAUCAUAUUUCAUUAUGUCACUUAGACUUUGGCUUCAUUUUGAUCUUUAUGGUAUUUUGAUCAUUUUCUUGAUCAAGAAUCUCUGAGUCCA